GGCAGCCUGCCAUCUAGCUUUUUCACAGCAAAAUAGGCUUGCAGACUGCAGAUGAGAGACUCGGGAGCAGAGACAAUUUUAACUUAGCCAUCCCUAAUUUAUCUCAAGCUUUUUCAAUUCAUCUUCACUGCUCUAUGCACACUGGAACACCAGAUUGUCAACCCCUGGGAACAGAAUGCAGCCAGCGAUCUAGAGAGCUGUCACAUCCUGAGAAAUAUUUAAAUUGUGCUGAUUUUCUUCUGGAGUGCUGAGCAGAGGGAAUGAAACUCUCCAUCAAGUCAUAGCUUUGCGGGCAAUAGAUCAGAGGAUACUGCCAGUUUUUCUAAUGGAUUAUUUUAUCGGGCAGGUUCUUCCUGAAGUCACUAAAUAACACUAAGAAGAGUCUGGCUCUGCCUUCUUUACACCUCCCCUGAACAUGGAUAAUAAGUCUCUUCUCCAGGAUGAACAGACCCAUACCUCAGCCUCUCUUCAUAUCAAAGAUUCUUCAAGGCCUUGGUUAUCUUAGUUAUCCUUGUGGACUGCUGCUGGACUCGCUCUGACUCUUUUUAGUGAAACAGCUGUAGCUUGGAUUUCAUUGUGUGACCUUGAUGCUUACUGUCAAGCCCUUCAAAUAGCUGUUAGAUUUGGCAAGAUUAAAAGAAAAUAACCUCUUAUGGAAUUUUCAGAACUUCCCCUGACUGGCAGCUGCUGGAGGGCAAAGACUAGGUCCACAGUCAGACACCUCAUCUUUUAGCCUGACAGAAAAUCAAGCUUCCAGUGGGCAAAUAGGGUUCUUCUGCCAAGGGGUUAGCAAGCAGUUACUGAGAAAGACAUGGACAGCAGGCAUCGCCAGGAGGGUAUUUCUCAGCAUGGGGGAAUGACAAUCAAGAAAAAUGUCCUGAAUCAGAAUUGAGGACAUGGAUUAACUAUUUAGAGUUUCUGACUUGGAUAUUCAAAUAGUAAGGUGUUCUACUAGGAGAGUUUCCAUGUCUUUCUUAUGAGCUGUUGUGAGAUGAUUUUGCACUGAAAGUUUUCAGUUCCUGCGUCUGGUGGCACAAAUGAAAUGUUGUGACAAUAUUGUAUGCUGUUCUUCACAUGAGACACAGCUUGAAAUAUUUUGAUAAAAUGAGAUGCUUGCGGAAAAGAUCAGCAGUGUCAUUCUUAGGAAUCCUUGUCGUUUGCUUGCUGUUCAUGAACUUGUACAUUGAAGACGGUUAUGUUUUGGAAGGGGGCAAGCAACAAAUCAGAGAAACAGCCACGCACCAGCUCAACCCAGAGCGUUAUGUUCACACUUUUAAAGAUUUGUCUAAUUUCUCAGGAUCUAUAAACAUUUCCUAUCGCUACUUAGCUGGCACACCUUUGCCAAGGAAAAGGUAUCUUACAAUUGGACUAUCCUCUGUAAAACGGAAAAAGGGAAACUAUUUACUUGAGACCAUCAAGUCCAUAUUUGAACAGUCAAGCUAUGAAGAACUCAAAGAAAUCGCAGUGGUAGUACAACUGGCAGAUUUUGACUCAGCCUGGUGUGAAGGGAUCGUCCAGGAUAUUUCACAGAAAUUUGCACAUCAUAUAAUUGCAGGCAGAUUAAUAGUUAUUCACGUCCCUGAGGAUUAUUAUCCUGUACUGGAUGGCCUCAAAAGAAAUUACAAUGACCCAGAGGACCGUGUGAAGUUUCGAUCAAAACAAAAUGUAGAUUACGCUUUCCUUCUAAACUUUUGUGCUAAUCUUUCUGACUAUUAUGUGAUGCUAGAAGAUGAUGUUCGCUGCUCAAAGAAUUUUUUGACUGCUGUUAAGAAAGUAAUUACCUCACGAGCAGGAUCCUACUGGGUGACUUUGGAAUUCUCCAAACUGGGAUACAUUGGAAAGCUUUAUCAUUCUCAUGACCUCCCACGCCUGGCUCACUUUCUGUUGAUGUUUUACCAAGAAAUGCCUUGCGAUUGGCUGCUCAUCCACUUUCGCGGGCUGUUAGCUCAAAAGGAAGUGAUACGUUUUAAGCCAUCUUUGUUCCAGCACAUGGGAUACUACUCAUCUUACAAAGGAGCUGAAAACAAGUUAAAGGAUGAUGAUUUUGAAGAGGAAUCAUUUGAUAUCCCUGACAACCCACCUGCAAACUUGCACACCAACAUGAAUGUAUUUGAAAACUAUGAGGCAAGCAAGGCUUACAGCAGCAUUGAUGAGUAUUUCUGGGGCAAAGCUCCUUCUAGUGGAGACUUCUAUGGAAUUGUAUUUGAAAAACCCAUCAAAAUCAGUAAAAUUAAAGUUGUCACUGGAACUGAAGAUCGGCAAAAUGAUAUUUUACAUCAUGGAGCCCUGGAAGUAGGAGAAAAGAUUGUAGGCAAUAAAAAAGGGAGACAAUGUACAACUUACUUGAGACUAGGGGAGUUCAAAAAUGGGAAUUUUGAAAUAACUGAUGUAGAGCACAAAGUUCUGUUUGAUAUUAACUGCAUGAGAAUACUUGUUACCAAAAGUCAAAAAGAAUGGCUGAUCAUUAGGAGCAUUAGCGUCUGGACUUCUCAAACACCAAAUCAGUAAAGCAAAGCCACCUGAGGAGGUACAAAGUGCACGCAAUCAUCUGGGUUCCAACUGGUGAAAUUCCCCAGAAAAACUGACACAACUCUUCACUAAAGACGUAGAAAAUCUGGGGAAAUCACAAAACAAGUAAAGCAAUUUAUUUUUUACUAGUUUGGUCAGGCAAUAUACAAACAUUUAUUUGCUGAAAAUUUUGAAUUUUAUAGGAGAUCUUUAAACUCUUUUUUUAUUAUUAUUUCUCUGGAAGAGAGAUCUUGUGGACCAUACAGAACAAAAACAACAUCCUAUAAUUGCCAAAAGGUUUAAAUCUAUGACAAGUAUGUUGUGAAAAAAGACUGAAUCGCACCUUAUGCACAUAAAAAUUUAAAAUCUUAUGAUAGUAUGCAUUUGUACUGUAGUUGGUGAUGUGUUUCUUCUACAGGCAGUUGUGACAAGGAAAUCUGUCCUGAAACUGGCAGUUUCCUCCUGAGCACUGUAAGAAAAUAGUGUGGCUAAUCAUUGCAACUUCUUUUCAAAAGGGAAUGUAUGUAAAAUUAUAAAUCUGACAUGAAAAUUAUGUAAAAAAAGAGAUAAUCACAUCUGUUAUUCUGUCUUAACAAA